UACAAUGUCAUCGAAAAAAAAACAUAUAAAAGAAUUGUGUUGUUUCGAAAAAUAACACUUGAAAAAAAUAAAGUUAUUAUUGACGUGAAAUAACAUAAAGUUCAUCAAUCAUGUGGAAUAUAUUUUUAUUAUCAUUGAUUGCAAUGGUAUUACCAUCAGAUGCAAUACAUCGUCGAAUGACUAGAGAAGAAAAGACUUUUCAUUUGGGAACAGCUGAUGAGAGUAAACUUCCUGAGUACAAUGUCGUUGAAGUUCAUUUUUUACAUAAAAGAGAAACUGGUGAAACAACUGUGCAAUUGAAACCUUUUGGUAAAGCUCUUGAAAUAAUUUUAGAGCCAAGCGUAAGUGCAUUUAUUGGUGAUGAUACACCAAUGUGGGAAAUGGAUGAAGGUGAUUCUGGUCCAACAUUUACUAAACUUGAUAACGUAUGGGAUCAAGUUGCUGCUGAAUUAUAUACAGAGUCAACAUCAUCAUCAUCAGUGUUGAUAGCAGAAGAUGUAGAUCCAAAUGGCAAAAAGAAAAGAAGUAUUUUGAGUGGUGUUAUGUUGCAACAUGGUUUAGCAAUAACAUCAUUACCAGAACGUUUUCACAAUGAAUUUUCUAAUUCUGAUAAUUCAAAUGUUGAAACAGAUGAAUCAUCAUUUGAAUUAAUACCUGAGAAAAAUUCUGAAUAUCAUAUUGUUUACAAAAUAACUGAGGUUCAAAAAGAUUCAAUUACAAAUACAGAAAAUAUAAAAAGUAGAAAACGACGAUACAAUUAUGAUAGUUAUGAUGCAUCAGUAGCACCAGAUAUAUUAUAUGUUGAAACUUUGUUUAUUCUUGAUAAAUAUUUUAUGGAUACAUUUAAUAAUGAUCAAAUAAAGGCACUCACAUUUUUAAUACCUUUUUGGCAUGGAGUUAAUCAUUUAUAUCGAAUUUUUAAAAAACCAGAAAUUCGUUUUACAAUUGCUGGAAUUAUUUUUUGUACUAAUGAAAAGUCAUUGACAUAUAUCUCAGAUUAUAGGCUUCGUGAGGGUGUAAAUAUAAAUAAGAUAGUAGUAGCCUCUGGUAGAUUUUGGUAUGAACAAUCCGAUUCAUUUCCUUUUGAUACUUAUGAUUAUUUAGUUACAAUGACAUUAUUGCCUUUGUGUGAUGAUUCUUCUUGUCUAACUAUGGGCUAUGCUGGACUUGAAUAUAUGUGUGUCAUUCGACUUAAUUGGGCAUUGUCGUCUAUGACUAUUACAAACAAAUAUGGUUAUAAUGAUAUUAUCAGUGCAGCACAUGAAGUGGCUCACUCAUUUGGUCUUGAGCAUGAUGAAGAUUAUGGAUGUAUGGAAGGAACAGGUAUUAUGUCUGCUUUUAAACCAGAAGAUCGAAUUACUGCACCAUGGUCACGAUGUUCAUUGAACUCGUUGAAUAGAAUUUUACAUACACGUAAUUUUACAUGCUUGUAUAAUAAACCAGCAGAUAAAGGUACACCAAUGCCAAGAUAUUUACCAAAAGAAUUUUCUGAUGCUGAAGAUAAACUAUCAAAUAAUGACAAAUGA